AUGUGUACAACCUGCAAAGACACGGACUCCGCAGCUCAAUUCCCCUCACACCAUACCGCCAUCAUUGCCUUCACCGCUCGUCACCUGCUCAUUCUCCUCCUAGCCAUCAUUGUGGCGCCCCUCCUUCGUCUCCGCCUCACCUCUGUGCUGGGCCAUCUACGUACACCAGCACCAGCACGAUUCUUGACCACCUCCAGCAUGGCUCCCGCUCACCUCCGCAAGCCACCCCAGGCCCCGCCAGUCUUCACGGCUACCCCGCAGUCCUUGGUCGCUGAUGCCGAGCGUUUGAUCGCCAGCUCGCGCGCCAUCCAGGACAAGGUGGUCGCUGAGAUCAAGCCCGAGGCCGCAACCUUCGCCAACAUCGUCCGCCCCCUCGCUCAAAAUGACAACGUGAUGGGAUUGGAAGCCCACAUUCUGGGCUUCUACCAAGCUGUGUCCACCGACUCUAAGCUUCGGGAUGCUUCGUCCAAGGCCGAAGAGCUGAUGGACGAGUUCUUCAUCGAGGCAGUCAUGCGUGAGGACGUCUUCAACUUGGUUGACGCCGUGCUGCGCCGCAACGAGACUCUCGACCCGGAAUCGCGUCGUUUGCUGGAAAAGGAACACAAGGAUUUUGUCCGUAACGGCCUUGGUCUUCCUGAUGGACCUCAGCGUCUCCGCUUCAAGGAAAUCAAGAAGCGUCUGAGCCAGCUGAGCAUCGAGUUCCAGAAGAACCUGAACGAGGAGAACGGCGGUAUUUGGUUCACGCCUGAGCAGCUCGACGGCGUACCAAAGGACGUCCUCGAAGGGUUGAAGAAGGGUGAGGGCGAAAAUGCCGGCAAGCUUCGGUUGUCGUUCAAGUACCCCGACCUCUUCCCUACCAUGAAGUACGCCAAUGACCCAGACACCCGUAAGCAGGUGAUGAUCGCCAAUGAGAACAAGUGUAACCAGAAUGUGCCACUCUUCCGUGAAGCAAUUGUGCUCCGUGAUGAGGCGGCCCGUCUGCUUAAGUACCCUAACCACGCUGCAUUCCGCAUCGAAGAUAAGAUGGCCAAGACCCCUGAGACCGUUGACAAGUUCUUGGGUGAUCUGCGAACCAGACUGACCGAUGGUGGCAAGAAGGAAACCCAGAAGUUGCUGGAGUUGAAGAAUGCCACUGAUCCUAAGGCCGAUGGUCGCUACUACCUGUGGGACCACCGAUACUACGACCGUCUUAUGCUCGAGAAGGAUUACUCUCUUGACCAGCAGCACAUUGCCGAGUGGUUCCCCUUGCAAACCACCAUCGAAGGCAUGCUGAAGAUCUUCGAGGAGCUCUUCGGCCUUGAAUUUGUCGAGGUCACCGGCGAGGACCGCGCAUCAAUUGCCCCUACUGGAAAGGGCAAUGACAUCGUCUGGCACGAGGAUGUGCAGGUCUUCAGCGUCUGGAACGACGAAGGCGAAGGAAGUGGAUUCGUCGGGUACCUGUACCUCGAUCUUUUCCCCCGUGAGGGCAAGUACGGCCACGCUGCCAACUUCAACCUCCAGCCCGGCUUCAUCGACAAGGACGGUAACCGCCGAUUCCCCGCCACUGCUCUGGUCUGCAACUUCACCAAGCCACAGCCCAAGAAGCCCAGUCUCCUCAAGCACGACGAGGUCGUUACUCUUUUCCACGAGCUUGGCCACGGUAUUCACGAUCUCGUCUCCCGCACAAUCUACUCCCGCUUCCACGGUACCAGCACAGUCCGCGACUUCGUCGAAGCACCCAGUCAAAUGCUCGAGAACUGGUGCUGGACGCCCUCCCAGCUGCGCUCCCUGAGCAGACACUACUCCACCCUCUCACCGGAGUACCUUUCCAGCUGGCAAGAGGCGCAAGCCAGCAACGGCAAGACUGCAUCCGAGAAGCCAUCUGAGCGUAUCCCCGACGAGAUCAUUGAGAACUUGAUCCGCACCAAGCACGUCAACGACGCCCUCUUCAACCUUCGCCAACUCCACUUCGGUAUCUUCGAUAUGACCAUCCACGAACCCAAGAGCCACGCCGAUAUCGAGGCUCUCCCUCUCUCCGAAACCUACAACCGCCUCCGCCAAGAGAUCACCCAGAUGGAUGGACCUGAAGCACUCGGCGCCGGUAGCGACUGGGGCCAUGGUGAAGCCACGUUCGGUCACUUGAUCGGUGGCUACGACGCUGGAUACUAUGGAUACCUGAGCUCGCAAGUCUACUCGACCGACAUGUUCUACACGGUCUUCAAGGACGACCCAAUGAACAAGGCUGCCGGUCGCCGAUACAGAUACCAGGUUCUUGAGAAGGGUGGCAGUCAGGACGAGAUGAAGACGCUGACUGAGUUCUUGGGACGCGAACCACAGACCGAUGCCUUCUACAGGGAUAUGGACGCAUACCCUGCAUCCACCGAAGCCUCCAAUCCCCCACCAAGCUCCAGAACAACCAAAAGAGCAAAAAUCAUGGCAGAACGUCUCCCAAUUCGCACGCAGCACUGCCAAUUCUGCAAUCACCUCCUGCUAGCGACAACGCGCACGCUAUCCACCCUCCCCCGCCGAGGCGGCGAAGCCAAAGACAAAGCCAUAAUCCUACCAUUGGAGAACGAGGGCUCAGAAACACCAACGCAGCAUACAACACUCCUUCUAUCAACGUUACUUCCCGAUCGGCGACCAACGCUCAUCCGCCGCGAAGACGGGAUCGAAAAGAGACUCUUCCUGCGAUGUGGACGGUGUCGCGUCGUAGUCGGAUAUCAUCUCGACGCAGUGCAUUACGAAGACCAGAAACCGAAGCCGGUAUACCUUCUUCCGGGGUCGGUGGUUGAGACUGAGAAGAUGGGCCAGGAAGAAGAGGGUCGGUGGAGGGAGUGGAUCGUCGGAAAUUGA